AUGACAUCGUCUACUCCUGGACUACUGGACCGGCCCUUCGCACUUCUCGACCACUGGAGGUCCCUCCCUAUCCGCGCUUGCUUACAUCUCGAGACACUUGUGGUGACGUUCUGUAAUGUUCCUGCAGACGACUCAGAGCUGCGGACGCAGGGUUAUCGCAAAGCUUGCCUCGAGGCGAACUUGGAGCUCGUGAACAGUGCACCGCCGUCGCUCACGUUGCUCCUCGUCCAAUUCGGUAAUGGAGAUACCGAUGAGAUGUCUCACGUUCGCUCAUGGGACCUGCCCGACUUCGCGCUGUACUGGUCCAUCCUCGAUAACGCUAUAAUGCGGCUUCCCGUGUUACAGGUCGUCGCUUUUGCCUUCUCCCCGCCACAAGUAGUUGAGUGA